AUCUCCGAUGCCUGUUUGCCUACAGACACCCCAGAAGCUCCUUGAGUAAAAAGAGUUGGAUAAUUCAAUCAUCACAUCAGCCCUAUGAGGAGAUAUGGGUAGCUAGAGGUCACAGGAGGCUUGCUUUUAGUAGACACAAAAUUUGAACCUGGGCUAUGUCAACAACUCCAUCCAUAAACAAAGACACAGAUCUUGGAGUAAGACAGGGUAGAGGACACGGAGAGCCGUUGUUUUCCCCAAGGAAAUCUUCCACAGCAAAUGCAGUGGUCUGCCAGGCUCUUGGUUCUGAAAUCGCAGGCUUCUUAUUAGCUGGAAAACCUGUGUUCAAGAUCCAACUUGCCAAGUUUAAGGCACCUCUGGAAGCUGUUACAGCAAAGAUGGAAGUGAAGAAAUGCGUGGAUAUGAUGGCCUAUGAGAAAAGAGUGCUAAUUACAAAAACAUUGGGGAAAAUAGCAGAGAAAUGUGAUCGCUGAGAUGUAAAAACUUUUUCAUGCUGGUUUCUACCAUCUUUCAAUGAUACCCUAAUCUUCACUGCAGAAUGUAAAGGUUUCAACGUCUUGCUCUAAUAAAUCACUUGCCCAGAACGUC